AUGACUUUACUUUAUGGACCUUCAGCAUUAAGCUUUUCUCCAAAAGAUAAGACUAUUUUAAUUGCAGGUGUUGGACCUGCUAUUAGAGUUUACAAAGAAGACAAAAUUUAUUCCGAAUUUUCAAUAUUUCCUGAAACAAUGCGUAUUAUGGGUAUAUUUUUCCAUGAUGAACUCAUUUUCGCAUAUGCAGAGAAUAUUCUCAAAAUAUUUUUACUUCAAAAUGACUAUAAAUCGAUUGAAAUUAAAUCAACUUUAGAAUUUAUUGACUGGAUUGUUACAGCACAUGUCGAAAAUGAUAAUAAAAUUACAUCAGUAUUACAUCAUGGUCAAAUUGUUUAUUCAACGUUCGAAAAAAUUGAAAAUUUAAUUCGACCAACGCUCUGGAAGAUAGUUGUUUCAGCUAAAAUCAUCGAUGCCGGCAUCCUUGUUGGUGAUUCAUUCGGAACAAUCAGCUUAUACAACCCAAAGACAGGAAAAUACUUCGAAGCAAAUCAUGAUAAAGGUUCUGUCUUCGAUAUCGACUAUAAAGAUGGAAAAAUCAUUACAAGUUAUGAGUUUCAUAGUGUUGCUCUUUGGAAUCUCAAAGAAGACUCAUUUGAAUUUAUAUCCGCAACUUCUCCUCAUCCUUCAAGAGUUUUUGGUGCUAAAUUCGUUGGAGAUAUACCUAUCUCGCUCGGAGAAGAUGGUUAUAUGAAAUUCCAUGAUGGAUCAAAUCAAAGUUAUCAUCUUCACCGAACAAAGCUCAUUACAGCAUUUGCUGUCAGUCCAGACAAUGAGAUAGCAACAGCAGGAUACGAUUGCGUCGUCAGGAGAUUCUUCCUCCCAGAGAAAUCAACAAAAAAUAAAUACAAUUGUCCAGAAAAACGUGACAGCCCCGUAAAUGUUAUUGUUUUAGCGAAUGAGAAGUUUAUUAUCGCCAACAACAACGGUGAUGCCAUAUUAAUGCCAGAAAACAAGAUAAUUGCCCACUCAAAUGGUGCUUUCUUUGUUUUAGGUCAAAAUUCAAAUUAUGCAGCAGGCGCAAGUCGAGCUUUUGAUGUUUUCAUAUAUGAUACAGAUAAAGACGAGUGCGUAACUGCUAGACUACCACGAGAAAAAGCUCCUUCAACAAUAGCUGUCAGCAAAAAUGGAGUUUUUGUUGUUUUGAACGAUAUGACUUUGGUAAUUUUUAAUUUGGCCGGCCAAUUAUUAAUUGAUUGUGAUGCCUCUGAUUAUUUCAAGCGUCCUCCGAGUGUUUCCUUUGCAGCUAAUGAGGAAAAGUCUCUUGUUGUAUGUGCACAUUCAACAAGAAUAACUGUUUUUGACUUCGACCAAGAAAUGAAAUCAAUUGUGAAGUCAAAGAAAAUUGACACCACUUCUGGCGGUUUUUCUGGUGCCACUUUUUAUAAUGGCUGCUAUUACAUUAUCGGCAGGAAUGAUGGCGUUAUUACAAUACUCAAGAGACUCUCCGAUGAAUGGGAAAUCAAGUCUUUGUACCAAAUUCCUGGUGGAGCAAAAAGUGCCGUUGGAAUUUCAACAAACAAAGAAGGAAAAGUGGUCGUAGGAGGAUUGUCCAAGACAGGUAUAUCGUUCUAUGAUAUAACAGCACAAACAGAAAUAGGUAGUCUAUCGUUCGACGAUAAACAUUUGAGAUCAACAUUCGUUUUGACAGAUAAAAGUGACAUUUUCAGUAGUUCAUGGGAAGCACAAAAUGUCUACACGUCAAAAGUGAGCUGUAUCGGCGGUUCAAUGACAAAACCGUCAUUCCACGGUUUGAGAGGUUUAUUUGCCACAAAAAGUGACAAAUUAUUCUUUACAGGAUCAUGCGACAGAGAUAUCAGAGUUUGGUCCAUUAAAGAUGAUAAAAUUUCACUGGAAGAUGACGUACAAUCUGUUGACAGUGGAACUCACGCAAUUGUAUCGGAUGGCAAAACGGUUUUUACGGGCGGAAGUCAACAAUUAUUAUUUGAGUGGGUUUUGGAUAAUAACAAAUUAUAUCAGAUUCGUUCUUUCGAUUUGACACCGCUGACAAACGGCGGAUUAUGCAAACGCCGUGUUACAACACUUUCCAUUUCUCCUGAAUUUGUUUUUGUGUUUUUGAGUGAUGCAACACUUUUCAAAUUGAAGAGGACUGAUUUCGAAUUAGUUGAAAAAUGCGAAACACCAGGAGUUGCCAUGAGUUCUGACUACAGCGAUGACUUGUUAAUCUGCUGCACUUCUAAAGGAAAUUUGUGGUGGAAUGGACAUUCAGAAACAAUUUGUAAAUGUGGAAUUCAUUCUGUCAAAAUUAUUAAAUAUUUCGAUAGAAUAAUUGCUGUUUCUUCAUGCGAUGAUGGCUUUGUUAGAUUGCAUGAAAUCAAAGGAGAUAAGCUAGAAAUGAUAAUGGAGAUUGGGCCAAAUCAUACAGGUGGAGUUAAAUCUGUUGAUGUUCAAUCGAAAUCAGAUAUGUUACAAAUUGUUUCAUUUAGUUAUGAUCAGAGAAUUAAUUUAUAUACUUUGAAUAGAGAUUUGCAGUUAAUUGAUACAAAGAGAUAUGAUACAGCUGUUUCACAUGGCGAAUCUGUUCUAUUUGUUGAAGAUGGAUUCGUUGCUUACGGAACUGGACUUCAUUACUUUAAAUUGUAA